AUGAAAGAUUGGCACACAGAUGACCACACGAGUGCAUGCGUCGAAAAUGAACAGAGCGGCAACAAGUACCUAAACAAAAGUGAUCUCGGGAAAAGAGGAGAAUACGUAUGUCAAGGGGAGCAGGUCAGCCGGAGUGAUAACUCUGUCCCAUGUGAUGUCCCCCCACGAGGUGAACCACCCAACAACACCCUUGCCAAGUGUCCCUCGAAUAGAAAAAGCUUAACUGAAAUGAACAAAAGUGAAAAUAUAAAUCAUCACCUGGGGAAUGAAGAAAAGCAAAAAAUGGCAGAACACGAAAUUAAUAGGUCCUCAAGUAGAUCCUACAAGCUAGGUAACGUAGUGGGAAAUGGAAGCUUCGGGGUCGUUUAUGAAGCCACAUGUGUAGAAACGUGUGAAAAGGUAGCCAUAAAGAAGGUACUACAAGAUCCUCAAUACAAAAACCGAGAAUUAAUAAUAAUGCAGAAUUUAAAUCAUAUAAAUAUUAUUUUUUUGAAGGACUAUUAUUAUACUGAGUGUAUAAAGAAAAAUGAAAAAAAUGUAUUUUUGAAUGUGGUUAUGGAGUUCAUUCCGCAGACAGUACAUAAAUAUAUGAAGCACUAUGCUAGGAACAACCAUUCCUUACCUCUGCUCCUCGUGAAGCUGUACUCCUAUCAACUUUGCAGAGCACUAGCUUAUCUCCACUCCAAGUUUAUUUGCCAUCGCGAUUUGAAGCCACAAAAUUUAUUAAUAGAGCCAAACACACACACACUCAAAUUGUGUGACUUUGGUAGCGCGAAGAAUUUGCUAGGUGGCCAGCGCAGCGUGUCGUAUAUUUGCUCUAGGUUUUAUCGUGCCCCGGAACUCAUGCUGGGUGCCACCAACUACACCACGCACAUAGACUUGUGGUCCCUCGGCUGCAUAAUCGCGGAAAUGAUUUUAGGUUACCCUCUCUUCUCGGGCCAGUCCAGCGUGGACCAGUUAGUUAGAAUUAUUCAAGUCUUAGGCACACCAACGGAGGAGCAAAUGAAAGUGAUGAACCCGAACUACGCAGAUGUGAAAUUCCCUGACGUGAAGCCAAAGGAUUUUAAAAAGGUCUUUCCUAAGGGAACCCCCGAAGAUGCAAUCAAUUUUGUAUCACGAUUUCUCAAAUACGAACCCAUGAAAAGACUUAGCCCAAUCGAGGCUCUGGCGGAUCCCUUCUUCGAUGAUCUGAGGGACCCUUGCAUCAAGUUACCCAAGUACAUCGAGAAGCUGCCCGAGCUGUUCAAUUUCACGGAAGCCGAAAUUAAAGAAAUGUCUGACGCAUGCAGGCGCAAAUUGACACCCAAGCGUACCUACGGGGCAUACGAACAGUACCUAAUGAGUAAAGCAGCUAGUGAUGGGUCUAAGAUGAAUGAGAAUCUGAGCAAAGAGUUUGGUGAAUCUAAUAUAGAAACUAAAUCCAAUCGCGCGGUCAACCUGGCCUGA